CACAGAUUGGUGUGCAAUGCAUUUGCGCCAUUUUUUUAAUUUUUUUAUUUCUUUGCCAGUCAGCCCAAACAAACUGGCUAAGCGAACCUUCAACCAGCAAGGACUAAGCCAGAGGCUUGCCCAGGUAGCUGGACCACAGUGUUGGUAACUACCUACCUAGGUAGUGUCGCGAUGACAGCAAGCUUGGUUUCCUUCUCCCGUGUCAACCCCAAGCAAUCCUUGUUCAAAAACUUCUAGGUCAAUUCACACGGUUCUAGCCGAGCGAGCAUGUGAUGUUGUUGCUUUUGUCGUUGUUGCUGAGCUACGAGUGAAUGCAGUGAUACCAAAGCGAUCAAAUUUACCCACCCCAACUUGGUUACCUACCCUGCACUUUGCUACCUACCACCCAAAUCGGUCCGUCAUGCCAAGGCCGGAACGGCAUGGAUUGGCGACCGCGGCAAGCUUUAGGAUUUUCAUAGCUAACAAAGCAAAGUGACGAAACACGACGCAAUCACGCAUCGUCGCGCGGUAGUGUAGUCAAACAACUCAUACUGCCCUGAUCCUACCAACAGCCAUCGGUGACGAACCAAAUCGAUUCAAUCAAUGGGUGCCAAUUCGUCAAAGCCAGCCACACAUACGUGGACUGGCUCGCAACCAACAGGCGUGUCGCAAAACAUUAUCGAGUCGUUCCAAUCAAGCACAGAGACAGAUGCAUCCCGCGCGCAAUUACUAGAGCUUCAGGUCCAGGCCCGCGUAGCCUCGGAGCUCAAGAAGCUGCAAUCUGCCGAGGCCGCUGCCGUCAAGGAGGCCCUCGACAAACUGUCGGAACAGACCCCGGCCGACCAGGACGGCAAGCUUACGCGGUUCACAGUGUCCAAGGAAGUGGCCGCCCUGCGCGAGAAGCUCGAGGAGGAGAGGAAGAAGGUGCACGGCCUGCCUGACGAGGUCGAGACCGCUCGAUCCGAAGUCGUUCGCUGCCUUAGGGAACACGACAGACGGCCGCUCGAUUGCUGGCAGGAGGUGGCCAACUUCAAGGAACAGGUCAGGAAGUUGGAAAAGGGCUGGGUUGACAAGGUCGUCUCGUAAAGAUUUCCGAUGGGGUUUGAUGAUGAUAGAGUGUACUAUACUACUGUCCAGCUAUGAAAAAAAAAAACUAGAAAAGAGUAGCUGCCACAAAAAAAGGCAGUCAGUGCCGGUUGCCAAUGGAUCAGUCAUAUGGAGAGGGGGACCUCUUGAAAGCAAGCGUAUCGUGGUUAUGGUAUUAUUAUUGGCUGCUCAUCUGCAAUAUCGGAGUUUCCAUUUGCUGAUUCUGACUGCUCCCUCUCCUUGGCAACCUCGUCCCUCCUUCUCAACCCUUCAGCCUUCUUCCUCUCCCUCCUCGCAGCUGCGUCUUCCCAACCAGGUUUUCCGGUUUGCUUCUUAUCUCCAAACUCCUCCUUCAGGGCCAGGCGAAAACGCUCGAUCCGUUCAGCGUUCUGCCGGAACCUCUCGUUUGAUAUCCUGACCAGCAUGGCUAGGUACUCUGGGGAAACUAUGCUAUGUAGCCUACCUGCGGCCAGCGUACCGACGAUGGACUCUAGUCCAAGGCCCAUUGACCUGAUGGCUACCAUGGGAGUGGCAUGCUGCUGUUGCUGUUGCUGCCCGAGUAGAUUGAUGGCUCCAGACUCUCGGAAGCCGGCUUCCAGACCGCAUCGUAGAACCGACUGGGCAUGCUCUGGUGAUGCGGUUAGGAUGUGGAGUAUCAUGGGUUCAAACUUAAAAUGCACAAG